UGUCUCACCUCUAUUUUUCCAUCCAAAUUUCAGCUUCUGAAUGUUUGGAUUUUGAGGGAAUAUUUGGAGCUUGAAAUGCAAAUCAAUGAUCCUCGAGAGAAUUUCAAGUUUGCUCUUGAGCGUAUAAUUGAUGAUUUUAUAUUUAUGUGCUUUAUGGCUGGAAAUGAUUUUCUGCCCCACAUGCCAACUUUGGAAAUUCAUGAGUGUGCAGUUGACUUGCUGAUGACUGUCUAUAAGAAGGAAUUCAAAAAUCUCGGUGGUUAUAUGGUUGAUAUGCUCCGGGUCAAUGACAAGAAAUCAGGAUACAUCAAACUAUCCAGGGUUGAGAAAUUUAUUCUUCUUGUUGGUGCUUAUGAAGAUAAAAUUUUCAAGAAAAGAUCAGAACUACGUGAGCGUAAACUCAGACGUCUUUUCCUUAAUAAAGAUUUUCUAGAGGAUGAAAUUGAUGCUGGAAGUUCAACUACUGAUUCAAGCAGUACUUGUGCAUUGCCUAAUGGAGAAGAAUCCGAAGCUCUGUCACUUGGGACGUUUGAAAAUUUACAUUCUCAAAUAAUAGGAAAUACAAAGGAGUUUAAGCAGAAACUGAAAGAUAGCAUCAGAAGGAAAUCUGAUCUGUUUAAGAAUGGUGAUUUAGGGACGGACAAAGAUAUGCUGCUGCAGGCUGCAGGCUACAAGGAAAGAUAUUACAAAUACAAAUUUUCUGCUGAAGGGCCAGGGGAUAUUGAAAGCAAAAGAAAGCAAGUAGUUAAAUACUACACUGAAGGACUGCUCUGGGUUCUCUUGUAUUAUUUUUCUGGUCCCCCAUCAUGGACAUGGUUUUAUCCUUUCCAUUAUUCGCCAUUUGCUUCCGACCUAAAGGGCCUUGGUCAAGUGAAACCUAAGUUUGAAAAAGGUUCCCCAUUCUUACCUAUCGAUACUCUCAUGGCUGUGUUACCACCCAGAAGUGCUCAUGCACUUCCGAAAGUUUAUCAGACACUUAUGACAGAUGAGAGUUCUACCAUUAUUGACUUUUACCCUUCUGAUUUUGAAAUUGACAUGGAUGGGAAACGCUUUACAUGGCAGGGCAUUUGCAAACUUCCUUUUAUAGAAGAAGAACGGCAUCUAUCUGAAACGAGAAAGUUAGAGAAGGAGUUGGUGGGGGAAGGCAGAGACAGGAAUAAAGAAAAAGUUGAUCAAUUAUUUGUUCUAAGCACACACAAUAUGGCAUCACAGAUUGUCCCACUGUUUACAAAGGAAAACUGCCCCAUCAAGAUUGACAACAGUUUGUGUUCUGGAAUUAGUGGUUUUUUACGUCUUCAUGAGAAUGCUUCCAGUGUUAAAAGAGGAUAUCAUAAACUUCAAGAACACUCUGUCUUAUGUGUGCGAUAUGAGCUUCCAAACGAUUGUCCACAUGUGCCUCGUUUCCUUGCUGGUGUAGAGUUUCCUGUCAAGACCAUCACUGAAGACGAUCUUAUGGAGACAAAACUAUGGCACGAAUAUCAGGGAAGCACACGCAGCACCAGCAGUCAGCUUGUUCAGGAAAGGUUUAGAAAACCAGAUAAUAUGGGAAAUCGAGGCUUCUGGAACAAUGCUAGAUUCACUUCUAGCUCUCCGAACAUGAUACACAAAUUUUCUGGCACUGGAUGGGGUUCUGGUAGAGGGAAAGCAAUUGCAAGUCCUGAUUUUGGAGACCGAUUUCAUGCUCCAGGAAGAAUACCUUGUGAAAGAGUAAUGUCAUCUAGCUCAUAUUCAGCGAACGGUGCGGUAGCAUACAAAAAAGCCUCUCUUAAUGAGACACCUGUUUGUAAUGAAAAGUGGAGAGUUGCUGGUUCUGGUUCAGGAGAUCAAAUACGAACCCUUAGGGAUUUGAAAAUAUCGAAGUCGUCAUCAAGCCAGGGCUGGAGGCCUAAUGGAAGAGUUCAGUCAGCAAACAAUGUUUUCUGGCCAUCUAGAAAUGGCUUCACACCUGACACAAACCAUGCUUGGCAACAUGGUCAGUGCCGCGGUAGAGGCCAUCAGGACUCCUCGAAGCAUUAUUCACCUUUUGUUGCUAACCGUUCAUCCCAAGCCAGUGGGAGUGCGCACUUUGUUCCACGUAGUUGGGAUACUGAAGGUAAGCCCCGCUGGUAGCUAGUUAACACAGCUCUCUUUGCUUGGCUGCCAAAAGAGCGAGAAAAGCACUGUUUUGUACACAUUUCAUCUAUUUUGUAUUUUACGGCCGAAGGCUGAAGAAUUUUCGAUCUGCUAGCUUUUUCCUAUGCUUCACAAUUUCUGCAAUUCCAUAUUUUUGGUAAUUAAGCAGGGCA